UGCAGACGGACACCAUGUUUAUCGAUCAUUGCUUCUAGUGGUUUUAGCAACAGUUCUGCAUGCACAUUACGGUGUUGCAGGUAGUCCGAUACAUUCAGCUGUGUGAGGCGGAGUGUUGUAUGAGUCAGAUUGGCCAAUAUACUGUCCGAUGCGGGUGUCCUUAGUAUGGCUCUAUGUCCGCAAGUAUGACACUGGGGGCGCGAUUAUUACGACAACGAGAUCAAAUCCAGCAGCAACAGCGGGCUGUGCUUCGACAAGAACACAGACGGACAUUGUUAUUCCACGCAAGCACAGAGUACUUUUUCAAGGCUGGAGUCUACCAUUUUGUGAAUCGUUGUGGGGACAAAUGUCACGUGUCCCGGACCAGCCUACGACAACCACGGAUCACCCAAUUACGCUUCCCCCAGCCCUUGAAAUGGGAACAUUAUACGCAGUCCUAAUUUUUGUAUUUCUGAUUUUAUUUAUGUAUCUGAUUUCACGAUGACUGAUAUGCGGCCUGCACCGACGAUCUAACUAGACGUUCAAAUGUUGGCCUGAAAAAUUUUGAGGAUAGUCAUUUUUGUUUGCAUGCCUUGAGGAAAUACGGAAAAGUGCCCCCAGAAGAGCUCCUCUGCAUCUAUUCAAAAAGUACACAUGAGUUUAUUUUUGUUUUCGAGUCGAUUAAAAUAAUGAAUACGGUUCAUCUUAAAAAAAGAGCAACAAAAAGUCAUCAGUCUUUCAGCACGGUUGUGCUAACUGAGGAGUUUAGUGGUGAGAAAUAAAAUCAUUUCUCAGUCAAACACAAAGCGCUCAUGGCCAUCGGAGCGGCCGUGUGCUGUGCUUAUCUCACUGUUUUCUACGGCCCAGCGUUCGGCCGAGUUGGCGGAAAGCGCACUUGAUCCCGUUAGGCAUCUUACAUGCACAAGCAAGCAGCUAGUGAUAUUUCUAGUAAGCUGGAUGAAAGAGAAACAUCAGGUUUUAGCACCUAACUCCUACUUCAUUUCCGGCAUCACUCGCCUCAAUUUACCUGGCUUGCCAGGUAGGUGAUCGGACAGGAGCUAAGUGAUUUUCUCGCUCGAAUGGCCGAUUACAUCAUUACCAGUCUUUGGAUACGGUUGACAACUAGGUCGCUGGAGCACUCUUCGUCACAAUCGAACCUCAUGGUAUAUUCCAUUCCCCAAGAAGCGUCGACAAGGUUUCGACCGUUAGCUUAUAACUGUUCAACACAAAAUGACAUGAGUCUAUGCAAACUUAAACGCGGUAGCCGCCGAUACGAGUGAUGGAAAUGACAUAAAGCACUAAUUUAGCUACUUAUAGACACAUUUGUUUCUAGCAUCCUAGUCCUUUCUUACUAGUGGUGAUGAAGGUGAUAUUGGUUAAAUGGAAAAGUGUUUUCUGAUGGGAAAAACUAUAUGAUUGACAGCUCUUGUAGUUUUGUAGGGGAGGAAAUUGUAUAUUCG